CUCAACCCAUUUCUUCACCUUUAAACCUCUCUCUCUCUCAAAUUAUUCGAAAUCCAAAAAACAAAAACAAGUUUCUUAUUAUAAAAAAUGAAACAAAUAGAAAUGGAAAGUAACGCAUCAGCACUAGCAAAGAAAGUUUGGAGCAUGGUACGUGUGGUGUUGUUCAUGCUUCGAAAAGGCAUAACAAAGGGGAAGCUCAUGAUGGACCUCAACAUGAUGCUGAAACGCCGCGGCAAGCUCGCCGGCAAAGCCAUUGCCAACUUAAUGUCGUCCCACCACCACCACAACCGCGGUGGGUCCCACAACUCUCACCACCUUAAGUUCUCUGCCCCAAGGGAGUACGAGUUCAGCUGCAGCAACACGCCCCACAACUUCUUCUUCCCCACAGCAGGGAAGCACCACCGCCACCACUUCUUCGCCUGUGUCCACGCGCCUCCGACGCAGGACGACGACGUUGUGACGGUGAACGCAAUGAAGGCAGUGAUGGAGAUGCUCAACAACAACAACAACAACGACGCCGUUAAGGUUGAAGCGUCCCCUGCGCUGCCAGGGUUUGGACGGAGCCCUAUGGUGAGGCAGCUUAGGGUUACGGACUCGCCGUUCCCUCUGCGAGACGCCGAUCAAGACAACGACCACCUGGUCGAUAAGGCCGCCGAAGAUUUCAUAAAGAGGUUUUACAAGGAGUUGAGGAAGCAGGAUUAAUUUUUUCUCUCUUUAAUUCACCCUAUCUACCUUGUUUUCUUUUUUAUUUUCUGUACCUUCAUUCUCUUUUCUUAAUCAUAAAUGUGAUCUUUACUUCACCAUCAUUUUUGGAUAUUUUCAUGUUGCCGUACGUACUUGUCCCCCACUUCUGAUUUAAGAUUAAGAUGGAUUAUGCGUGUUUUUAGUUUAA